AACUACUUCACUAUCUACUUCACUAUCUAAGAUUUAAUUGAUCAGUGAAAGAGCCAGAAUCAAGUCGAGAUGGAAUCUAGCCGUGCAAACGCCAUUGCGUCGGGCCAGACGCGAUCCCGGUCGAGAUCCCGGUCGAGAAACAGAAGUAGAAGUACGUCCAGGAGACCAUCUUUGAAUAAAAGAUCCUUGAGUUCGUCAUCUUCGAUAGGUAAAUUGGACAUCACUCCAAUUGAGAUCCAAGAUAGACCAAUUCCAAGGGUAGGGAUUACAUUGGAUAAUACUUUGCCUCUUGAUUUCUUCAAACAAGACAUACUUGCAUUGACUAAGACGCUAAGAAUUAGUAAAUGGCAUAAGAAGACUUUGAACGUGAAGUAUUUGAAAGUUAAUAGAAUCAGUGGAGCCUUAACUAAUAGUAUUUAUAAGAUUGAGUAUAAUGACGGCAACAUUGAAUUGCCAUCGUUAUUACUUCGAGUUUACGGGAAGAAUUUAGACUCGAUUAUUGAUCGAGAUCUGGAGUUGGAUAUUUUGAUCAAAUUAUCAUCGAAGAAAAUUGGACCCAAAUUGUUGGGGAUUUUCUCAAAUGGUAGAUUCGAACAAUUUUUAGAAGGUUUCAUCACCUUGGAUAAAGAUCAAGUAAAACAUGAAGUUAUAUCACAAAUGAUUGGUAGAAGAAUGAAGGAUUUACAUUAUAAGAUUGAACUAGAUUCUCACGAUUAUGAAUCAAAGCUACCAAUGUGUUGGAGAUUGAUUUAUAAAUGGUUAUCAAUUAUUGAAAAAGAUAUAGUUCCAAGCUAUAUUGAGAAUAAGGUUGAUAUUGAUUCGGUUUUUUUAACUAGUUUUGAAAAUUUUAAAAAAUUGAUUGAAUUAUACAGAAAUUAUUUAUUUAAUUUAUACGAUGUUGAUAAAUUCACCGAGAAUUAUAAAUUUUGUCAUAAUGAUACUCAGUAUGGCAAUUUAUUAUUGGAUCAAACUUUUAAUCCAAAAGAUAUUAUUUUACAAAAAGAAUUACCAUCUUCAGCAGCAUCAUAUUCGGCCAUUAUCGAUGAUGAUGAAGAAGAUGAUGAUUAUGAGACCGACGAUGCCGUGGUUAUUAGUACUAGUAAUAAAAAGGAUACUAGUUUAGUAGUUAUUGAUUUUGAAUAUUCUGGACCGAACUUUCCAGCGUUCGAUUUAGAAGAUCAUUUUAGUGAAUGGAUGUCUGAUUACCAUAAUCCAGAAAAAUCUUAUUUCAUUCAUGGCGAAUUUUAUCCAAAUCAAUUGCAAAAAUUAAAUUUAAUUAAAAGUUAUAUUGAAUACGAUUUCCAAUAUCCAUCUUCAAAUUUAAAUACUAAAAUUAAAUUUAAUGAUUUCUCCAAAACUAAUGCUACCGAUUUAAUUCAAUUUGAAAUUAAAAAAUUAUAUAAUGAAACUAUUUAUUGGAGAUCAACCGUGCAAAUUUAUUGGUGUCUUUGGGGAAUUCUUCAAAAUGGUCCUUUCAAGGCAAACGAUGAUAUUAACACUAUUUCUCAAAAAUCAGAAGAACAAGGGGUCAACAGUAUUUAUAAUAUCAGUACUGGUGUUGAUUCUAUGAGUAUUGAUGACCAUGAAAACUUGAUUAUUGAAGAUGCAAUCACUUCUAGUGAUGAUGAUUUUGAUUAUUUCAAAUACUCACAACAAAAGGCUGCAAUUGUCAUUGGGGAUUUAAUUGGACUUGGUCUCAUCUCCAAAUCCGAUAUCGAUGUUCCUUAUCAUAAUAUCAUCAAGUAUCUAGAUUGUAAUCUUUUCGAUAUAUAGUU